CUGCACACUUCCCGUCCUGACCCAGCCUCGAAACCACCCACCGACCCCUCCCCCGAAGACCGCGUCCCUCUCACCGCAAAGGAAGAAACUCUCCUCCGCGCGAAAACCGUCUUCGGAGAUCGGAACACUGCUGGCGAGGAGAGGAGGGCAUUGCUCGAGUCGCGGUCGCAGAUGAUCGCGGGCGUGCUGGUGCCGCCGCGGCCGGAGGAGCCGGAUAAUUGCUGCAUGUCUGGGUGCGUGAAUUGUGUGUGGGAGGUGUAUAGGGAGGACUUGGAGGAGUGGGUUGGGAAGAAGGCGGAGGCGAGGAGGAAGAUGGCGGAGAUGAAAGCACGGGGAGAGGGGAGUGGGAUGAUGCUUGAGGAUGCGGGAGGGGCGGCGCAUAGUGUUGUGAGUAUGGAUGAUGAUGGUGGGGGGUCGGAGACGAAUUGGGGUGUGGGGGAGGGGGGUGGGGAGGGGGAUCCGUUGGAAGGGAUUCCCGUGGGGAUCAGGGAGUUUAUGAAGACGGAGAAGAAGUUGAAGCAGAGGCAUCGGGAGGCGGGGGAG